AUGUCCUUUGAUGAUUCUGGCAUAGACUACAACUAUUUUAAGAUUCCUCCUGAUUUGGACAAAGCUUAUUUACACAGAUAAGCAUUUACAGUUCACAAAAUACCUCUUCCAAAUUCUUAAUAAUGUCUUUGUUGCAAUUUUUCAAAAGAUCAUAUAAAGUACAAUUUUUUUGAAGGCAGAAAAUAUUAUCAUCACCAUAGUUCACUAGGUGAAUAUUUUCAAUUGAUAUAGUAUUGCAUUUAUUAGCUAUUGAUUAUGGGUAUCUUUCUUGUCCCUUAUAGUUCUAUGAUUUAUAGUGAUGGAAAUUAAUGUGAGUAAGUAUCAGGUUGUGAUCCUAAUUCAAGUAAAGUUUAUUCAGUAUGGAAUCUGAUUCCUAAAUACUACUCUCUAAAUAAUCCAAAUUAUAGUUAUUUUGUACAUUUAACCUAUCUACUACUUUAAAUAGUCCAUUUUCUAUUUUUUUAUAAUCGAAAAACAACUAAAAGGAUGUAAACUUCUGCUACCUUCGAGUAUUUAAAAUAGACCUGCCUUUAUUUUCCUAAGACUAUCCAUUAAGAUAUAGUUGAAUUCAUGAAAUGUAAAUAACGAAACCUUUUUGUAUACAUAGCGUUUGAUUUAGAGAAAUAUGAAGAUGCUUUAUUUGAAAAGCUAAAGUUUGAAUAUUCCAAACAAUAUGAUAAGGAUGAUAAAUGGAAAAACAAAAUCUUGAUUAAAUCAUUUUAUGAUAAUGCUCUGUUAGAUGAAUUUGUAACUGGGAAGAUUGUAUUGAUGAAUCAUUUAAGUUUAUUCAAAACAGAGGUGUAUUAGAUUUGCCAAAUGUAUAAUUAAUAAGUUUAGGAGUAUAAAAAUUAAGACACUCAAAAGAAAUAUGUAGAAGCCUUGUGGUUUUUUUUCCUAAAUUUGAUAUUGUCAUAUUAUUUACCUAGAGUAUUAAUCACGAUGACAAUGUUUUUCAGGUUAAAAUUAUUAACAACUUACUUUCAGGGAGAUGAUCUUAAAAUACUCUAAAUCAUUAUAAAAGCCUCAUUUGGUAUUUCAUAAAUCCUAAUAUUAAAAUUAAGUGACUAUCUUUGUAGAAAUGGAUCAUCAAUGGUGCAUUAAUCUAUGCAAUUAUUUGUGCUUAUAGAUAUAGCUUUUUCGGGUCAUUUUACAGAAUGGACUGAUUGCUUUGAUCCAUUUGACUAUUCACAGAACUAAAUGCUUCCGGAUUGA